GAUAGGGAGAACAAACUAGAUGUUAGCUGCUAACAUAGCACGUUCGUCAGUUUCAAUGAAACUUUGAGCUAAUUUGGCCGUCUACGUUUACUGAGUUCGAGUACGGAAGAAGUAGUCAGAGAGAACCUAACUGUGCAGUUAAAUGUUACAAGUAGAUGUUUUCGAUAGUUUUUUUUUUUUCUUUACAUUCGCUCUGACCAACGUGAAACUUAUUUGCCACCAACUGAUCCUGAAGAAAAGUACUCAUGUUAACGGUAUCGUCAAUCAAACAGGAGGUGACUGCUAUUAACCAUAUUUGGUAAUAAGCAGUUUCUUAGAGUUGAACGUAACGUCAUACAUGAUAUAGAGAAAGAGGAGAGAAGGCUAGCAGUGACCAUGGAGACUGGAUUUCACUCUCUCUUCACCACAGCUGGCCAGCUGCCUUGGUUGCUUCUGACUCUGACAUCAUGGACAGUCUUGUGUUCAGCAGAUAUAAAGCAGACAAGAUGGCCAUUAUAUUCCCAGAAGCCAGUUCUUCUUGCCUGGAAUGCCCCAACACAGGAGUGUGCCCCGCGACAUCGCGUAACUUUAUCUUUGGACCAGUUUGACAUUGUGGCAUCCCCCAAUGAGGGCUUUGUCCGGCAGAACCUCACAAUUUUCUAUAAGGAGCGCCUUGGGUUGUAUCCCUAUUAUGAGCGUGGUGGCACUGCAGUGAAUGGAGGUCUUCCACAGCUUGCCAGCCUUACUCAGCACUAUGAAAAGAUGCCUGAAGGUUUGCAAAAAUAUAUACGUGAGCCAGAGGCAAAAGGUUUGGCUGUAAUUGACUGGGAGGAAUGGCGACCAUUGUGGAUCCGAAAUUGGGAUGUUAAAGAUAUAUAUCGAAAUAAAUCUCGUGAAAUGGUGGCCAAAAAGAACCCUAAGUGGACCCCAGAACAAGUGGGAACAGUUGCACAGCAGGAAUUUGAGCUAUCCGCUCGCAAAUUCAUGCUGGGGACUCUGAAACUUGCCAAGAAUUUGAGGCCCAAUCAACUGUGGGGCUUCUACCUGUUUCCAGAUUGUUACAACCAUGACUACAUGAGUGGUCUGAAGAACUACACAGGCCGCUGUCCUCCUGUGGAGAUGGACCGCAAUGAUCACCUGAACUGGUUAUGGAUGGAAUGUACAGCGUUCUUCCCAUCUAUAUACAUAGGUUCUGUACUAGGCUCUACAAAUGAUGGACGCCUCUUUGUCCGAAACAGGGUAAAGGAGGCGAUGCGCCUGGCAUCUGUUGGGGAUGGAUUAGCACGGCCUGUUUUUGUUUAUACCCGCCCUACUUACAUCAAUAAGAUGACCCUCCUCACUCAGACAGAUCUGGUCUCCACCAUUGGUGAGAGUGUUGCACUUGGAGCUGCAGGUGUAAUUUUCUGGGGGGACACCUCCUAUGCAAGCAGCAGUGCCAGCUGCUCCACCCUGAAUGAGUAUCUUCAGGGACAACUGGGCCGGUACCUUCUCAACGUGUCUACAGCAGCAGAACAGUGCAGUCAGGUGAUGUGUAAAUCACACGGCCGCUGUCUGCGCAAAAUACCAGACAAUGAUGUGUACCUGCAUCUCAGCCCUGUAACGCACAGCAUCACCAGUCAGGGUGGCCGACUGAAGGUUACAGGCGUGCCUGGCCAAGCAGAGCUGGCUCUUUUCCGCACACACUUCCAGUGCCAAUGCUACAGUGGGUACAGGGGUGAGGCCUGUGCUCAGAAAGAAAAAGGGCAGAAUAGAGCCUCCUCUGUCUUAGGGACCUGGCCUCUUUGCCUUUUACUCCCACUAGGACUCCUCACUCUGCUACACUGAGGAAACUGAGAAGCCCCAAACUAUUCACUGCUUCUGCCAGCCCUGAAAAGGACAGUUCAGACUUUUCAACAUAAAGGUGAUAAGUUACUGCACAUUAGUAAUGCUGAUGCAUUGACAACAGCAGACAGUCACUCCUGUCAUUUUUUAUUUAUUUUUUUAUUUUUAUUAUUUAUCUCAAACAAUCAAGUAUUGAUUCUAUUUUUGAACUGAAUGAUAUUAUGGCUCUGUUUGAUGUAUUUGUUCAGUCCAUUCCAUAAGGUUGCCCCACAAACUGAAACGCACAUGCUUUUAACCACAGUUCGCACAAGAGGUUGUGUGAACAUACGUUGUUCUCUUAGAUGAUAUCCCCCAUCUCUUUCAUUUAACAUUGCGUGUAUGUUACAUGGUCAAUUAUUUUCUUUAAUUUAAUUUUUAUUUUCUUAACUUUGAACGUAAAUUGUGCAGUUUUGAAUGUAACAAUGUCCAUACAUUUCAGCAAAAUGUGAAUUCAAAAGCAGAUGAUUAGUGUGCUCAUAAUACCCGGUGUGAUUUAUUAUCCCUAUUGCUCUUUUUUGCAAUGUACAAAUAUUUUGUAAGGUGCUUUUGUAGGUAUUUCUCCAAACUUCCACACAAUAUAGCAUAUCUGGUAAAAUAAGUGUGCAGUACAGAGUAUGUAGUGUCAGAGAUCUCCCAGUAUGAUGGGAGCUUUUUAUCCUAGCACACAGACCUAUCUAACAGGAAUAUUUUUGUCUGACGAGCUCCUGCACUGGCAGAGCUCCCACCUCAUGACCGCCUCCUGGAACUAAUGUUCAUCCAUCAAUAUUGCAACUGGUCAUUAACUUGUAGCAAAUGAUGUCAAAAAUCUGAUCUGUUAAAGGCGUCUGUCAUGCUCCAUGCUGACCCUGACCUCCAGAUGAUGAGAUGCUGUAGGGUUGGGCGAAAUGGAGAAAAUCAGAUAUCACGAUAUUCUUGACCAAAUACCUCGAUAUUGAUAUUGCGGCGAUAUUCUAGGGUUGACUAAUGGUGCUUAAACAAAAAUAUCUUCAGUUAGAUUUUAGAUAAAUAAUCAUCAGUAAUGUGGGCAUAAUGUCUAAGUGGGAAAAAGGCAAAUA